AUGCUAAAAAUGAGCAAUCGAUUUAACGUUCCCCAUCUCCCAUCCGUCAUCAUGAGACAUCUUUUCGAAAUCAUUGGACCAUCGGAAAUUUUCCUUCUUUGCCUAUUUCUUCCGAAAUUCCGCCAAAUUGCUCAGACCGUAAAAUGGUUCGACAACAAGUACAUUUUGGUGGAUUACUGUAGUUAUGGAAAAGAGGCAGUACUGUACAUGAAAUAUGGUCCUAACGACGAAAAAAUCCCGAUUCUCCGAUGGACAUUCCAAAAUCGAGAGUGCCAUUUUUUGAAGAAACGAAAGAUAGAUGGAAGAAAGUUCCGGUGCUGUCUCGACUUCACCACCGGCCCAACACCAAUGAUCUACUUUGCUCGCAAGGACAACGACUUCUUUUGGGGCAAAAUUCGACAACUGUUUUUCCAACUCUUCCGACCCGAAAGCAUUCAAUAUUUGCAUUUUUCGAUGGAUACGCUGCCCAGAAUCCCAAAAAAUCACACUAAUUUCAAUCGAAUCGAAAUUUGGGAAUCAAAGAGUGGGCAGUGCCUGAAAGCUGCGGAUUUUGAGCGAUUUUUUGAGAAAAAACACGACAAAAACUGCUUGAAUCGAAUUCAAACAGUAUAUAUCAAAUCAUAUGUCGAUGGCGAAUUCGCAGAAAAUUCUGGAAUUUUCGAUAUCAUAGAGCUUAUCAUCGCCAGAUCGCAAAGUUUGAAAAUGUCUCAAAUUUUAAACUUUUCCGGGAGAUUUGCAAUUUUCAUGUCCUCCAAACUUGAUGGUUUUGAAUUUUUGGAAAUUUGCCAAAAAUGGCAAAAAGGAGGAUUCCCGAAUUUGGAGGCUUUAUCGAUUAUGGGCUCCAGUUACGUGUCUUUGGAUGCGCUGUUGUAUUUGAAGACUGGAGUUUGGGAAAAUCGACCAAAAUGUUAUAAGCCAAGAUCCCCUAGUCGUGUUUACGCUCAUUUUAAAGCUCUCGGCGUGGCAAAUACAAAAAUUGCAGUCUCAUCGUUUAAUUCCAAAAUUUUCAGAUACUUUUUCCUCGAUAAAAACAAUUACGACGUCUCGAACGCUGUGGAUUUGUACUGCGAAUCGACUGGUCUCUGGGCCAGUGUCAUUUUCACCGAUAAACAGUUUCAUCUUUUUGUUUGGAAGGGAUAG